CCUGCACCUAUUACUCCUACGUCUUCUAUAAAUUGUCCAAGUGUUGUGAGAUUUAAGCCACAUACGGGAAUAUUCACUGAGAAGAUUCAGUUUCUGGGGUGUUCCGAUUUUACAGUCAAGAAUGAGCCAACUUGUGCACGUGUUCGCGUGUCUCGUUGCCCUGGCGUGCCUCGGCCAUGCAUUGGAAGACGACAAGUCAGAGGAGAUUAAUGGACACGUUCGAGACAUGAUUCAUAGUGUUAGUUCCGCCGCCAGACGAGCGAUUGACGGCGACGUCAAUGACGUCAGGUACGCCAAGCGUGAUCGGCAGGUGCUGGGUUUCGGGGGCCGAUGUGGAGGGUACAACGAGUGGUGUUCUUUCUGGGGCACCCACUGCUGUGAUCCAAUGAAGUGCAAGUACAAGAACUGGACCCAUCGCUUCUCCGACACUGGGGGUCGCUGCCUGUAAACGCUGACGUCGACUUAAUAAAGAUUCACAAAAU